AGUAACGAUUGUUCUCAGCGAGGAGGAGAUUAGUUUUCCGCAGUAACGAAAUCUAAUUUGACGCUAUUCUUUGUUACUGAAUAUCUGCGUGUCGAGUGAUUCCUAUACUUAUGUACAUAUUGGACAAGUAACGUAUCAUUUUUACGUAUCCGUGUUUCUUCUAUUGAGGAAAAAGCAUACGAAUAGGAAGACAGCUGGCAAUAGAAAAUGGCAAACUUAGAUGACUUAGAAAGACUAGAGAGGGAAAGACAAGAAAUAGAAAUAUCAUUAACUGAAUUCCCAUUAAAUAACUUGCUAUUCUCUUACACUUUGGUCCAUGAAUUGUCGCAAAAUGAACCUAGAAAUGGCCAAUAUUUAACGACAUGGUGGGUAAUAGACAAAGGCUCCGAUCAGUCAAAAACAUAUAAAAUCUCGUUGCAAAUUAUCGAAUCGGCAACGCACCAGAUACGAGAACACAUUUGGACAACACCAUACACUAAGCUUCAGAUUCCGUUCCUCAAGGAGAAUAAUUUUCAUAUCUAUUUGAGGGAAGAACUUUACCAGUUUACGCAGUCCGUCAAAGCACGCGGCGUGGUUUAUAGUCUGCUACAGCUGUCGGACGAUGAGAAACGCAAGGGCGUGAUAACAAUCUCGACAGGCAACUUCGCUUAUUCUCUCUGUCAUUUUGGAAAAAAGUUUGGAAUACCGGUGACAGUGGUGUUGCCACUAACAGCGCGGGAUGAAAAUAUUGCGAGGUGUCAUGCGUAUGAAAACUCACACAUAACAGUGCACGUCCAGGGUAACGAUAUAGUAGAAGCGCAUCACAUCGCUUUGCAACUUGCCAAGACAAAAGGUUUAGUUUACAUCGAUGGGCAUGACCAUCCAAACAUGGUUAUUGGCCAAGCCACAUUGGCCUUAGACAUGUUGGCGCAGUUUAUAGACGCUGAGGCAGUGAUAUUACCAACGGCGUUCAAUAAUUGUACAUCAACAAUGGGUAUUGCAAUGGCAAUCAAAGAGUGGAAUCCAAAAGUAAACGUUAUCCGAGCUUAUACGGAUAUUCCUGAUACUUUAACUCAUUUCAUUAGAACGCAUACGUAUCUGAGUGACGAAAUCGUGCAAUGUCCACCGAGAACGUACACGUGGUAUGAAAGGCUUACAGAUAUACCGCAGUAUUGGAUCAACAAGGAUGUUGUGGUAAAUUCAAUACUUGUUGAAGAAGCGGAGCAAGUCCUAAAAAAUGAAAACAUUAUUGACAAAAAUGCAGCAAUUGGUUUAGCUGCGAUUUUAUCUGGUUCACUCAAUGAGCUAAAGGGAAAAAGGGUGAUACUACCUGUGUAUGGCAAAAUCGAUUCGACUCACGAUCUUAUAACGGUAAACGGAGAAGUUCCAGAACUUGAAGAAACUGAAGAAGAAGAAGAAGAAGAAGAAGAAGAAGAAGACGAUAGACGAGCGAAUAUAGAACUGCCGGCGUUUCGUAGUGUGCCUUCAAGAUUAGCAAAUUUAUUUUUAAUUUUCGAGCUUCUUUUUUUAUAUUUGAGACUUGAUUUUGGCACGGAGCCUCUGUAAUUUUCUGCCAUUUAAAUUUUCUAUCAUUUUCUACAAAACAAUACAUUGUGAAAUAGAUUAAAUCGUAGUGUACUUCGUUGUAAAAUCAUCAGCUUGAGAAAAGGCUACAUUACGUGGCAACUUGAGAAAGAGGAUUGUUAGCAUGACAUCUUCGCUAAUUAGAACUUUAAACUUGAUGAAAUCGCGGUACGACACCGACAUUUAAUUAUGCGAAUCGGGGUUGUCGCGGAUCUACGCGUUUCUCACCGAAUCUCUAACAUCCGUAUAGUUUCACAAUAUUGUUACAGCGAAAGACUGUAACUCGAGAUGUAACAAUGACUUCCUAUAUAUUACAUUUGCAUACAAGUUACUUGCAUUAUAUUUCUUGCAUUAUAAAACUGCUUUAACGAAAAGUGAAUAGCUGUUUAUCGCUUCUUACAACUCCGUAAAUUCUACCAUCACACA